UAAUUACUCUGAUUUGUGUAGAUUGACUCGAAUUGAAAAUUGAUGCGAUAAAGAAAACGAACCUCAAAGCUUUGGCACGGCAGGGAUUAACAUUAGAGCCCGAUAAUGAAAGAUUGCAAAGGGCAGAUGAAGUAAGAGGACGCUCGUAUACGCCCGCUAUAGCCGUGACGAGAGGGGAGAAGAUCCGCGAAGGCGUUUAAAUGUAUCGGAACGGUGGAAUGCAUGGAGCCUUUCAGUCGAUGCCGAAGGGAUCUGUCCUUUAUGGACAAAGUAUAGCAGAUCCUGGAAGUUACGGUACAGCGAGUCCUUUUGAUCACAUCUUGCACCUGCUGAGUGAGCUGCUUCGCUCUAUUCAGUUCCAUCCUGCUGCUAAUGGUGCGGCUAUUUCUGGUCCGGAACCCACUCAUUAUACUAGAACGGAGCCGGCCGGUACAAAUUCGGGGAUAUCAGGCAGCCCAACAGUUUGCAACUCUGGCUUCAUCAAUUCAGUCGUAGGUCAACCGACUGUUUUCGAAGCUAGGUCAAGUUAUGCUCCGGGAAGUUGUGCUCGAGAAGAUGGUGUCUGGCAUGCAUAUACUUCAGGCACGCCACAAGGGGGUAUGGUUCUCGAUUUUGACUCACAUCGAUAUUUUGAUGAAGUCGAUGCUCAUAGGAUUUCGGCGACAGCGGAUCCCUAUAUUGUGGGUGGAGGAUUGGGCGCAGGCCCGCUAUUCAACUUGGAGGAACUUAGCCCAUACCGUUCACACGCUGGGCAGCACCAUUACGAUGCUAAUGACAACUACGCUGGCAUUUGCUCGUUGGGUAGCUUUAAUACUGGCCCCUAUAAUGAAGCCGAAGCAGAAGCGCUCUACCAAUCUGUACAGAAUCAAAGCUUGGUUGGAGCACCUCGAGCCGCUGGCCUCGGCUUCGAUAAGGGCCGCCUCUCAGAUACUUUUUGUGGAAGCAGUAUCUGUCCUCGAAGUGCCUGCCCUCGCGAGACGUUCAAUGCGGGCCCAUAUUACGUAAGCCGAGAAACUUUGGUAGUUUCACCUUGUACAGCUGGCGACCACCUAUAUGGCCCUUGUCGCAUUUUACCUCCAGACAUUGCUCGCUACGAAGCCCAAAGGAAUAUCCUGUCUCGACCCGUCGUCGGCGGAGCAAACUAUAAUACGUGCUGCACGUGCAUCUGUAUAUGUCGGACCGACUUUAAUCCAAUUCGCUGGUAAACGCUACCAUAUGAAGAAGCUGAUUGCCUUGCCUCUACUAUGGAUUACGGGGCUAGUCUUGUCCGGAAUGAGGAAAACUCGGACUUGCCAUUUUGGUGCAAACCUUGGCUUCCCAGCGAAUCCCCUAAUUAACGCCACCGGCGAAACACUACAUAGAAGCACGGGCAAUAAUGAAGCGAUGUGUUUGGACACUAACGGUAUCAGCUCCGAUACGAACCGUUCACAGGCACCUCAACUGACAUGCUGGAUUCUGGUUCGCGCGGUUAUUUUAGCCUCACUUGGUGGACUAUCACUAGCAGCUAACGGUGCGACCCUAUUCUCGAUUUGUUGUCAACAUACGCGGCGAUCAGCACCCCAUGGAUCUAGCUUGUACACAUUUUAGCACAUAUGGCCGUGGCGGAUUCGUUUGUUGCGGCAUUCUGUCCUUUGGCCGAAGCGGCGUGGACAUAGACCGUUUCAUGGUUAGCUGAAUCCUACCUACAAGGCGGUAAAAUUGUUGUUAUUUGCUCUUUACAUACCAACCCCGUUUCCCUGGAACUCAACAGAUAGGUUACGUGGCAGAUAACAACUAGUCACAUUCAAACAGUUAAUACAGUAGCCCCGGGGACGGCUUAUUAGUAAUGUAAAUGCUUGCUAUUUUGAUAAUUUGAGUAACGCGUGUCAAAAAGCUUUCUUUAUUUACAUUAGCUAGUCUCAUAUCAUGGGGAGAUUUGGAAGCAACGACCCCGGAAAAAUUGCGAGUAAGCUUUAUUUCUUUACUUAAUAUUCAAUGCAUAAAGGGUAGGUUGAAACGCGCGUACUUGAAUGGAUACUUAAGACGGAGGCUUAAAUUGACCAAUUGUUCGUCGGUUAACUUUGGCCUCAAAAUUGGAAAUGCAUAUCAGCAUAUCAGUUUGCUAUUAUACCUCAUGAUAGCAGGGGCAUUAUACGGUCACGUUACACUUCAUCUUGUGAAAGAUACUGCUUAAAGUAUGCCCCUGAAUGUCUGCCUCCUGUUCCUUUUUCAAGUCUUUGGUGCGUUCUCUGCCAUUUUUAUUGGCAGUCACUUGCUCGGACUUCCCGAGUGUUCCAAACUGUAGCUGAAUUGCUGGGCAUGUACUCAAAUAAAUUGGGCUCGUCAAAGCGGCCAUGAGCUAUUUGCUUUCUAUGGGGCAAAAUCCUGCAUAGGUCCAUAAGAUUGUCCGAGAAAAUAUGGUUCUAGCCGUUCCCCCAACUAAAUUGAAUGGA